GUUUCCGUACACAAACUCUCAGCUGAUGACGUGUGCACUCCACUGCCGUCAGCUAGCUCGCUAGCUUAGCCAUCUGUCAGAAUAAAGGUGUUAUUAGUGAAGUACAAACCAAAGUGUAGCUUAACGCUGCAUCAACAGGGAGAAAAUGGAGACGCUUUACCACCAGACAAACAAACAAAUUCAUGAGGUGCAGUCUCACAUGGGGAAUCUGGAGACCACAGACCGCCAGUCAGUACACUUGUUGGAGAACGACCUGCAGGCCAGAAUCGACCAGAUCUUCAACCAUUUAGAACGCCUUGAGAUCCUGGCCAGCAAGGAACCACCAAACCGCCGCCAGAAUGCCAAAUUGCGAGUGGACCAGCUGAAGUACGAUGUGCAGCACCUCCAGACGGCCCUACGAAACUUCCAACACCGACGGUACGCCAGAGAGGCCCAGGAGAGGGAGAGAGAAGAGCUCAUGAGCCGGACCUUCACAACCAAUGAUGCAGAUACCUCCAUCCCCAUAGAUGAGACCCUACAGUUAAACUCCAACUUGCACAACGCACACAGAGGCAUGGAUGACCUCCUGGGCAGUGGCAGCAGUAUCCUCAACGGCCUCCGAGAUCAGAGGGGGACGCUCAAGGGAACCCAUAAGAAGAUGCUGGAUGUGGCCAAUAUGUUGGGGCUGUCGAACACAGUCAUGAGACUGAUAGAGAGGCGAGCCACCCAGGACAAGUUCAUCAUGAUUGGAGGCAUGCUGCUGACCUGCGUCUUCAUGUUCCUGGUUAUCAAAUACCUGGGCUGAUCACCAUCCAUCCAUUCACGACAACGGUUUUCAGUCUGACUUGGACUCUCUUAACACCACAGCCCCAUGACAUGUGAACAGUGAUAUAAUUCUUGUGUUUUCAAUGUUAUGAGAUUUGGAAAAAAAGUCAUGAUUUUUUUUAUAAACUGUGCCAUCAUUUUUUUUUUUUUUUGGUUUCCCACUAUUCUUUCUUUUUUGGCACCCAUAAAAUUGUACGGUUGGUGUAGAGUUCAAAUAGAUGUACAAUAUUUCAUUCCACUCCAAGCUCAAAGAUGGCAUUGAACUUGCUGCCCUCCUUGACUUUCACACAUCCAUAAUCCAGUCCUGCAUCAAAUCAAACUGUGUAACUGUAAAUCAGUAAUGUGACAUUUCAGAUGGCUUUCUGCUAAUUUAUAAGCUCAUAUUUUGCCUUUGCCUCCACUGAACAGCUAUUCAUUGUUUUGUUGUUUUUGUCUCCCUUAAUCAUGCCAGAAAUGUUGUAUUAAUAUCAUUCUGCCUUGUUAAGUAUGGUUCCUAGAGAAAUUGGGGAGAAUAAGGAAAUAACAGUCUUGACCUGAUCAUCCAUAUUUAAUAACAUGGCAAAAUAAUACUGCCUGGGGAUUCUCACUUUAUGUGUAGUGAUGUGUGAUAGCCAGGGGAUGAAUAGGGUGGCAACAAGGACCCUCUCAGAGAAACAACAGAAGCAAAAAGUAUUAGUAAUUGUUUGACAUGCAGUUUCAUAAAGUUAAAUAUUGUAACUACCCUUGUAAGAAUCUCUUGAACUUACACUUGGGUCUAGUCUCACUAUGUGAGUGCUUUAAUUCUCUUAAUAGAAUAAAAAUCCAUUAUGUCUUGGUUUUA